CAGUCCAGUGAAUAUUCAACAAAGGGUAGAAGAACACCCCUGUGGAAGGAGGAGUGAUGUCUUGGCUGUCACCCGUGUCAUGGGCCAAAUGGACGUGGACGGCAGUGCGAGGGGCAGAGGGAGAAGAGGAUGAAGAGGGACAGGAGGCGAGCCAAGAGAGGGAGCAACGUGGAGAGAGAGGAGAGCAAGAGGAGGAGGAGGAGGAGGAGAGAUCUCAAGGCUUCAGCUCGGAUUCGGACGGUCAUUUUGACACUCCUGAAGCAGUAACCCCUGUCCGUGCCCCUCCGGCCAUCCCAGGAGAGCUGGAGAACAACAACAUUGAUGCAGACAAAACAGAUGUGGAGCAGGACGAGCACCUGAUAGUGACUGCUCCUAUUCGGGAUCAGGAUAUUUUCCUCAGCCACGACAUGGGUCAGGAUGAGCCUGUAGUCCCCACGGGUGACCCACUGGAAAUAAACACCCAGACCCUUGAACCAGAACAAACAGGAAGCCUAUCGGAGGCCUUGGGCUCUGAGCCCAUUCCUGAUUCACUUCCUGAAGUGUCUAAAUGCACAGCUUCAUCCUCAGAACCACCCCAAGCCCCAAUUCCUGUCCUAAUCACAGAUCCAAUUCUGGAUCUGGCUCCAGCUCCUAGUCCUGAUCCAACCCUAGAAACAGACUCGAUCCAGAGCUGUGAACCUGCAGCCAGCCCGGCUCCAGAGCUCCAUGAGGAGAAGCCUCUUGCUGAGUCAGAACCACAAUGCAAUGGGCUCCCCAAUCAGACAGAGUCUUCUCACAAGACUAAAACCAGCAAGUCUAAACCUCCAUCCUUGGAGAUAAAGGCUCCAUGUGAUAGUGAGAUUACUCAAACAAAUGAGGAACAAGAACUUCCUGUUCCCAAGGGCACCUACAACUUUGACCCUAACCAGCUGGAUGACAGCUUUAACCCCUUCACUUGCGGUGGAUCCAAAAUCCAGAACUCUCCCCCACCAUGCCGCUCGAGCUUUCAGCCCAGGCUUGAGCCACUCGGCAGUGAGGUCUGUGAUGACAGCUCAGCAGCACCAGCAGAGGAGUUAAAAUCAGAGGCAAAGCCUGUGAUGCUGGAGUUUGGUCUGGACGAAGGAACAGCCAGCAAGCCACCUCCGAGGAAAUUAGGCGGCAAAAAGACAAUCAGCAAACUCACAGCUAAGAAGAAGAAGCCCAAAGGGUCAGAUACUUCCAGCAAACCAGCACCAGAACCCACAGUGUUAGAACCAGUUUCUCAACCAGCAUCAGAACCAGUUUCUCAACCAGUGUCAGAGCCAGUUUCUCAACCAGCAUCAGAACCAGUUUCUCAACCAAUGGCAGAGCCAGUUUCUCAACCAGCAUCAGAACCAGUUUCUCAACCAAUGGCAGAGCCAGUUUCUCAACCAGCAUCAGAACCAGUUUCUGACCCUGCUCCAGAAGCUGAUUUGUCAGUUUCAGACUCUACUGCACCUCUGAACCUGGAUGAUAUUCCUAUUCCUAAGAAGGGAACCUAUAACUUUGAUCCCAGUCAGUGGGAUGACCCGAAUUUUGACCCCUUCGGCGGCAAUAGCAAGGUGAGCACCUCUCCAGUGCUCCCUAAAGGCUCCUACAGCUUCGACCCAGACAAUUGCGACAAUUCUGUGGACCCUUUCAAACCCUCCAAAACCCUGAACACAGAGGACUUGUCCAGUAGCACUGCUCAGCCUGAGAAAAAAGUAAAAGACCCAGGCAAACAGAAAGCAGGGCACCCUCCAGGGGAGAAGAAAGUUAGGCAAAUUCCCAAGAAAAGCAAAGAGAGGACAAUCACGAACUCCUGUAAAGUUCAGAAAUACGAUGAGAGCCAGUCGCUGGUGCUUGACGUGUGCAAUCAGGAGGAGGAUGAAGUGGUGGUUCAGAACCCGGAGAUCACUCAGCGAGUGCAUCAUGCCACAGAUGAGGAGAAGUUGGCUUCCACCGGUAUCACAGGCCCGGCAGCAGAGACUGAGGAGGAGAGAGGAGAGCCUGAAUGCAAUAAAGCACCUGGCAAAAAACAGCCAAUCAGCGACACAUCUGUUAUGGAUGGUCCUGAGACAAAGAUUGUAGAACACCUGGAGGAGAAGGACACAUGCAGUCUGAAAAAUGAUGUGAGUGAGACCUCCAUGAGUCAGACAGCAGGCAGUGAGGUCACAGUAUCCCUGACCCAGGACAAUUUGCCUCUUAGUGAGAUGGACAAGGCUGCAGUGCUCACCCUGAUCAGAGAAGAGAUCAUAACUAAAGAGAUCGAGGUGAACGAGUGGAAGAGAAAGUAUGAGGAGAGCAGGGUUGAGGUUUUAGAGAUGAGGAAAAUUGUUGCAGAAUAUGAGAAAACAGUUGCACAGAUGAUUGAGGAUGAACAGCAGCAGAAGACCUUGUCCUGCAGUAAGUCAGUGAGGCAGAUGACCUUAGAGAGGGAUCAGGCCCUGGCCGACCUCAACUCUGUGGAGCGCUCCUUCGCUGACCUCUUCAGGAGAUAUGAGAACAUGAAGGGAGUCCUAGAGGGCUUCAAGAAGAAUGAAGAAGUCCUGAAGAAGUGUGCGCAGGACUAUCUAAUGAGGAUCAAGCAGGAAGAACAGCGGUACCAAACGCUCAAGGUGCAUGCUGAGGAGAAACUGGACAAGGCAAACGAGGAGAUAGCCCAGGUACGUGCCAAGGCCAAUUCCGAGGGUGUCGCACUUAACGCCAGCCUGAGGAAGGAGCAGAUGAAGGUGGAGUCACUUGAAAGAGCUGUCCUUCAAAAGAAUCAAGAGAUUGAGGAGCUCACCAAGAUCUGCGAUGAACUGAUCGCCAAAUUGGGAACAGAUUAAAAGGCAUUUGGAGCACCCUGGUAACCAAAUGGUCACUGCACGUGCCACAUGACCGCAACCUCCCGGCUCGAUUUCAGCAAGGGACCUAUGAUGCAUGGCAUACCAUAUCUCUUACCCCUUGUUUUCUGCCCACUGUCCAAUAAAGGCAAAAAUACCAACAACAACAACAAAAAAAGAAUAAAAGGCCUUUAAUCAAACGCUGCAGCCUCGACACACUUUAACACAGGUGUGCUCCCUCUAGCUCAAGACCCAGUGAGACUUUUCUCACUGUGACAUGUGAUGUAAAUUCUGUACAUGAUCAAACUUUCUUUAUUUGCUCAUAUAUUUUUUUCCAAAAUAUUAUUAUGACACUCACUCGUUUGUUCUUCUAUGACUGAACUAUUAAACCAGAUCAAUAAUGUCAUUAAAUCAUGUGACAGCUUAAGAAGCACAAAGUUAUCACAAGGUGUAUUGUAAUAUUUUUUAAGAAGAAGCAUUUGAUUUAUUGAUCUUUUGCUGCGAAUUUCAAGGAUCAUUUUAUCAUAACAGGUUUUCAGCUGUUGUUGGUUUAUGAAAUGUGUUUGAAACUCUAGAAAAUAAUGAGAAAACGUAGACAGACAGCACAUCUUUUACUGCAGCUUCUCUACAGUCUAAUUAACUGUGUUGAGGCCAUAGUCUUCAGAAAGGACAAAUCACUUCAUUGAGUGCCUAAAUUGAUCAUAGUAAUUACAUUUCCUGGCCUUGACAAUUUUCUUGUUGCCAUUUCUUUUGCAAGGCAGAUAUUUUUUAUUGGCCAAGUUUAAGUUGACAAUUUUCUUUCAUUACCAAAUUAACUGGGAUGCAAUAUUAAAUCCUUUCAGUUUGUUCCUCUUGUUUCACAGUUUAACAUCCAACCACAUGUGAUAAAACCCUCAUUUAUGAAGAGUUUGAAGUUAAAGCACAGAAUUGUGACAUCAUGUCCGUUAUGCCACCCAUUAAUCUCUGGGAUCAUUAAAUAAGAAGAGCACUUAUGAGAACUUACAUUCAGUUGUGUAAUAUCUUACUCAUAUGAUGGGAAUUUGACAGUGAUGAAAGUUUGAAGUAGUAAAACCAUUGCUCUUAUUAUGCUGUAAUAUUCGUGGCAUGUUUUAUUUUCACUCUGCGUUUGAGUGUGAAAAAGUUAGGAGCACAUUCUGUUGCUACCAUGUAGAUAUUUUUCAGUUGUGUUCAGAUUCAUAUGAGUCCAAAUGUUUCUUGUGUGCCUUUAUUUUAGCUACUUUGUAGAAAAGAGAGUUUUGGCUCUUUCACACAGUUGUUUCCGGACUCUGUUGCCAAAGUGUACUGUUUACAGUAUAUAUAUUUUAUGGUUAAAACAUGUUGAACAUCAGAAAGAAAAUGCUUUAUCUGCAGUAAUAGAUUAAUGAGCCCUAACCCUGUUAAGGGUGAGAGUAACCUGAUGGAUGCAGUAAUAUUUUGAUUGCCAACAUAAACAUUUUCAGAUGUGAUUGGAGCACACACGUGCAAUACAUUAAGAUGUGUCUCCUCCUCCUCAGCGGUGAAAGCCUCCUUCUAAUUCAGCACAAUCAAUUGCCAAAUGUCAUUGUAACAUGAAAAAGGGUUUCAGUACGCGUCCUACUGUUGUGAUGUUAUGUAAGUCUGAAGGUGCUUUCCAAUGCAAAUCCAUUCUUACAGUACAAUAUAUGUAAAUUUUAUACUUUAUGAAAAGAAUAUUCAGAAUUAAGUUCCUAAUAUUUGUAAAUUGAAGUAUACUCAGAUUGUAUGUUUACUGCGCUAUUUUGUGCAUUCCUGAAUAAAUGGC